AUGCUUGUGACGCGACGAGCAGAGAGGACAGGUGAGAGCGCUUCCGACGAUUACUUUGUCUGUCUGAUCACACUUUUGACCUUCCUGAGUUUCACCGACCAUAUGGUUAUCGGGACUCUCCAAGGUCGACAAGCACGCCUGUUGAACAGUCCGAAGGGACCACGAUCAGGUCCGAGCACAACAGUCAAGACCUUCAAGAACCACGGCAUCAAAGGCGUAGCACUCGAAGAUUGCGUAUCAUAUAAAGAACGCUUCUAUUGGGCUUGCGCGCUGCUUUCAUCUUGGCGAGGUAUCGGCUGGAACUGGCAAGUCGCUAAGGUCCCGUCGAACCCGGACAUCGGUCUCACAAACCGGCAAGCUGCAUCUCGCCAUUUGAUGAGAGUAGUCAAGCUCUGGAUUCGAAGAUCAGUCGAAAUGUACCUCAUCAACUUUUCAGCCACGCUACGUACACGUAACACCAACGAUGGCGAUGGCAGCUUAGCAUACACGCUUGCAAUCGAGGCAACGUUCAUCUGGUCAUGUCAGAUGCGCAUGUGGGACAGCUCGAAAAUGCUGUACUCAACCGCCGCAGCCAUCGCAACAUUCCUUGGCAUCUGCUCACCUGCUGAAUGGCCACCACUCUUCGGCAGGGUUGGUAAUGCAUGGUCAGUCCGACGAACCUGGGGACAAGUCUGGCACCAAUCCUUCCGAAGAACAUUCGAGGUCUACAGUGGUCUCCUCGUGUCUACUCUUGGACUCAAGAAAGGCACUUUCGCAUCAAGAUACACCAAGCUUUACGCCAGCUUCUUUAUAAGCUUCGUAAUACAUUCUUGGUACUCUUUCUGUGCUGGACCCGACGAAAUGGGCAAUUUCCGCUUCUUUAUGAGUCAGGCUGUCCUUAUUACGGUAGAGGACGGCGUGCGCUUUGUAUGGCGUGAGACCGGUGGGAGAAAUCAUGAAGCGCCUGUGACGAGGUUUGAGAGGGUUGUCGGAUAUGUUUGGACGUUCGUGUGGUUCACGUAUAUUUCGCAGGAGGUUCAUCAGGUGUUCUUUGAGAAGGGCCUCAUUCAUCCUGAGACAGGGCUUGAGGAAUGGCUGUCUGAUCUUGCAAGGGCGCAUGCUUUGCUCUUCUUGCAGUCCCUGUCCAUUCUCACCAAGACAAGCAUCUGUAACCUGCCAUUGCCAACACUUCAGCUCCUGCGAACUUUGAACGAUCUUGUCAUCCAUUCUCUAGCAAAUGUGUCGAGCACGGAGUGCGCAAUCAAGGACCAAUGUCCUCACAAGCAUCUCCAGACCUCAACGCUGAAGGCAUGA